UAAACCAAUAAUUAACAAAAAUAUUUAACAUUUUAAGACCAAUUCAUCGUAUAACGCGGCGAAUAAUUCUCUAGAUUCUCUCUCCUCUCUCAAACCCCUCUUCCCUCUUUCUUCAUCUCCGACCCCUUCGCUCAACUUCUUCAAUUUUAGUGAGAGAAAAACACAGAAUUAAGAGAAUAUCAUAUCAUAUAUUAGAUUACUUAAUUUAAUUUAAUUAAAAUUAAUUAGAGUUAUAAAAAAAAAAAAAAUUAGUUUGUGGGUUGGGGUUAUAUGGGGAAUGGAACAUUGGUGGAUGGGGUUCGUCGAUGGUUUUCUCGUCGAGGAGUUGUUGUUGCUAAUAAUAGUUAUAAAUUAGAUGAGUCAAUUAAUAAUAAUAAUAGUAGUAAUAGUAGUAGCAGUAGACAGGUGUCUGUGAUUUCCGAAUUCAGCGGCAAACAGAUUAAUAAUCAUUCUUCAUCAAAACAACAAGGAGAAGAAGAAGAACAACAAGAGUUUAAUAUUGAAUUUGACUUUGAUCUUUCUGGGUUGAAACCUAUCAAAGUUCCUAAACGUGCUCCUACUUCUCGUUUUCCUCUUCCAAUGGAUCCUCACAAGAAGAGUGCACUGGAAAAUGAUUUCUUCACAGAGUAUGGAGAGGCAAGCCGUUACCAAGUUCAAGAAAUUAUUGGGAAAGGAAGUUAUGGUAUUGUUGGUUCAGCUGUUGAUACUCAUACAGGAGAAAAAGUAGCUAUUAAGAAGAUCAAUGAUGUCUUUGAGCAUGUUUCUGAUGCCACCAGGAUACUGAGGGAAAUCAAGCUCCUACGGCUGCUUCGUCAUCCAGAUGUUGUAGAAAUAAAGCACAUUAUGCUCCCCCCUUCUCGAAGAGAAUUUAAAGAUAUCUAUGUAGUUUUCGAGCUGAUGGAAUCUGAUUUGCACCAAGUAAUAAAAGCAAAUGAUGAUUUGACUCCUGAACACUACCAAUUUUUCUUGUAUCAGCUUCUACGAGGAUUGAAAUAUGUACAUACAGCAAAUGUUUUCCAUCGAGAUUUGAAGCCUAAAAACAUCCUUGCUAAUGCGGACUGCAAGCUUAAAAUAUGUGACUUUGGCCUUGCUCGCGUUUCAUUUAAUGAUGCCCCAUCAGCUAUCUUUUGGACGGACUAUGUUGCAACUAGAUGGUAUCGUGCUCCAGAACUCUGUGGCUCUUUUUUCUCUAAGUAUACACCAGCAAUUGAUAUCUGGAGCAUAGGAUGUAUAUUUGCAGAAAUGCUCACUGGAAAACCAUUAUUUCCUGGAAAAAAUGUGGUGCAUCAGUUGGACCUUAUGACAGAUCUUAUGGGGACUCCACCCCCUGAAGCCAUUUCAAGGAUAAGAAAUGAGAAGGCCAGAAGAUAUUUAAGUAGCAUGAGGAAAAAGCCACCAAUCCCAUUCUCACAAAAGUUUCCUAAUGUAGAUCCAUUGGCUCUUCGCCUUUUAGAGCGUCUUCUUGCAUUUGAUCCCAAAGACCGACCAUCCGCUGCAGAAGCAUUAACUGAUCCAUACUUUUAUGGAUUGUCAAGUGCAGAUCGUGAACCUUGCACUACUCCCAUUUCAAAACUGGAAUUUGAAUUUGAACGGAGGAAACUGGCAAAAGAUGACGUUAGAGAGCUAAUUUAUAGAGAGAUAUUGGAGUACCAUCCCCAGAUGCUUCAAGAAUAUCUUCGUGGUGGCCAGGAUCAGACUAGCUUCAUGUACCCCAGUGGAGUUGAUCGAUUCAAGAGACAGUUCGCUCAUCUCGAGGAACAUUUAGGUAAAGGUGAAAAAAGCACACCACUCUCGAGGCAGCAUGCUUCCUUGCCUAGGGAGCGAGUUCCUGCACCUAAAACUGAUGCAAAUGAAAACAAUGACAUGGAAAAUCGAGCAGUUGCUCGUACUGCUCUUGAAAGCCCUCCCAAGUCAAACGCCGAUGGAUCAGAAAAUGAAGUGCCUCAAAAUGGUCAAAAUAAAGGCAACUAUAGCGCUCGGAGCUUGUUGAAGAGUGCCAGUAUCAGUGGUUCCAAAUGUAUAGGGGUGCAAUCCAGAAAAGACCCUGAGGAAGAACCAAUUGCAGAGAAUGAGGAGGCAGUUGAUGAACUUACAAAAAAGGCUACAGCCCUCGCAACCUGAUUAUCUGAGAUAGUUGUGGAUACUGGGGUUAGAUGUCUUAUCUGCAUUCCUCGCGAUUUCAAAAUUUGAAAUCGCAUCUGGAACAUCAUCCACAAAUAUUUACAGAAAAUUUUGGGCCUUUUCGUGUUCCCGAUAGACAUCAAGGAUUAGAUUUCCUGUUGUCACUCUUUCGCCAAUUGUUGUCUUAAAAUUCAUCGUAUGCAACGAAAUGGAGGGAAGGGUGGGGGAUAUGAUUUGCCCUCCAUUUAAGUUUGAGACUGUGAUUUUGCAGUUCAAUUUUUUAAUAUCCUUUUUGAGCUUAGAAAAGCAUGUAUACCUUUUCUUGGCCUUUAAGACGUAAUUUAUGAAGAAAAAGUUUUCCAUGCUCUCACUGCUUACAUAUUUGUUAUUGCCAUUAUAAGCAGCUCUCUGAUGAUUGUAGUUUGUAAUCUGAGUUUUUUAUACCUAGUAAUUAGUGAGUUAUCUCUUUUUUUAUUUUGUAAUGUAUUUACUUUAAUCUUCUGAGGGGAGACAUUACUUUCACUUAAAAGAUUGUAUACGUGAAUUGUGAAAGAUGAUAGGUCAAAAGUUGUAAAAAAAAGAAUUAAAUUUUAAAAAUAACAUUACUUUGAGUUAAUAUUGUA